GCGAAGGCACACUGCCGGCGCUCUAUCUUCCGCUCUCUCUCCUACUCGCGCUCGGCAAGGCGGCGGCGCCGCUCAGGCUCGGGCUACGGCGUCAGCGGCAUCCCCUCCGCCUCUCGCCAGUCGCCUCGCGCCCUCGCCUCCGGUCACACCGGCCGGUGACUCUGCUAAAAAUGGUGUUCCUUUCAAAUGAAGACGCCUGGAUCCAUGAUGAAGACAUCAUGGAUGAUGUUGAUUCAGAUGUUGAAGAAUCAGACUCAGAAGGUGAUUCAGGUGAAGAAGCUCAGGCUAAGCCUGCAGACAAAGCGAUAUACAACAAGGAGGCUAUUCUUGAAAAACUUGAAGACAUAGCCUGGCCCAAGAAUGUGGACUGGAUGCACAAACUCACUGUUGAGCAUGAUCAAGGGGAGAAAGUUGAUGUGAACGAUGAUCUUGCCCGCGAACUUGCGUUUUACACCCAAGCUUUGGAUGGCACAAGGCAGGCCUUUGAGAAGCUGCAGUCGAUGAAGGUCCGGUUCCUCAGACCAACAGAUUACUACGCUGAGAUGGUGAAGACUGAUGCACACAUGCACAAGAUCAAGGGGAGGUUGUUGUCAGAGAAGAAGAGGAUUGAGGAAGCUGAGGAGCGGAGGAAGGCUAGGGAGUCCAGGAAGAAAGCAAAGGAGGUUCAGGCUGAGAAGAAGAAGGAGAGGGCUAAGCAGAAGAAGGAGCAGAUUGAGUCAGUCAAGAAGUGGAGAAAGCAGAGACAACAAGGGGGAUUCACGAAGGGAAAUGAUGAUGUGCCAGACCUUAAUUUUGAAGGAGAAGAAGGAUUUAAACAAUCAAAGAAAAAGAGGCCCGGUGUUUCUCCUGGUGACAGGUCUGGUGGUCUUGCUAAGCGAGGUAAAGGAGGAAAGAACGGGAGGGCAAGGGAUUCCAAGUUUGGGCAUGGUGGUCGUAAAGGGCUGAAGAAGCAAAACACUGCUGAGACCACAAAUGAUUUCAGAGGCUUUAACCAGGGGGGUGAGCCUCAAAACAAGAAGAGAAAGAGGUUUUGAACCUUUUGAUGGAUAUUGUAACUUGUAAGAAUUUGGAUGUGUGCCAAAACCAGAAUUAAAAGAUGUUCGAACUUUUGCUGUUAUUACUAUUCUUGUUGCAGCAUUAUUUUGUUAUGGCGUUUGCUAGAAGC